CACCCAUAAUAAACAUAUUCUCUGUAAAGUGAACUGUGUCCGAAGAACCAAAACAACAAACAAACAACCCACAGGCAGCAAGCACAGCGCCGCAGCAGAACUGGCCACGAUGAGCUUUAUGCACCAAGAGGUCAAGUACCGUGGGUACGAGCCCGUGCUCAACUGGUUCCCAACAGAUGAGCAGCCACGUCCCAGCAGUACCGAGGCAAAUGCAUGCGUGAAACGGCUGCUCACCAAGCCCAAGCGCAGCUGUUUGGCCGUGCUUUCCUGCACACCAGAUGGGCUCACUUGCAUCGACACAAAUUUCAACCCGCCCAAGACACUCAUGAACCAUUCCGUUUUUGAGAUUGCGCACUGCACAGUGGAUGCGACAAAGCCAAGGCUGUUCACGUGCAUUGUGGGCAGCAAGGGCUCCACCACCGACUUUUUCUGCCACGUGUUCAAGUGCAACUCCAAGGAGCAGGCCAAGCGCAUCGUGCGCGCGGUGGCGGCAGUGUGCACUGCUGCGUAUCAGCAGCACAAGAAGAAGAACUUGUCGCCCUCACCUUCCACCAACCGCCAGCCCUCCCUUCGCCAACAGCAGCAGCCGCUCCCACCCACGCCUUCAUCGCCGAUGGAGGAACGUGUGCAAGCCCACAUGCGCAAGUCGAUGCGCCGGCGGUCUGCGCCGCGAAACGGGCAGCCAAACCCGCGGCUGACGGACUCGUGGUUUCGGCCGAGCAUGACGCGGGGCGAGGUCAACACCAUCCUCCGCGCCGGUCACAUUGGCGACUUCAUCAUCCGCGAAUCACAGAGCAGGCCCGGCGACUACGCCAUCAGCGUGCAAACGGGACAGCAGAUCUGGACCGGUCUCGUCGUCAGAACACCAGGAGGAUUUCAACUUGGCGAGCGGGGCGGCGUCACGUUUGACGACUUGGCAGAGCUCGUUGCGUUUUACUCCCAGAACCGCUUCAUGAACGAUUCCAACGGCUAUCCGCUCACACUCCGCCUCCCAGACGACACCGAGUAUGUGACGGAUGCACAGCCGAUGCGCGGCAGCGUUCGCCGCCCAGACUGGAGGCAGCCCAGCUUCAGGCGCGCGCCGCCGCCGUUUGCUGACCUCGAGGACCACGACUUCCACGAGGAAGACGAGGAGGGCGACGAGGAGGAGGAGGAAGACUUUGACGAUGUUGACGAGCAUACGGCGGGCCCCUCGUUCAAGGACAUUAUGGAUGGCAUGGUUGGUAUGCCCGACGAAGAAGGUGAAGGCGACAGUUCAGAGAGCGAGCAGGACGCGUUCAAGCCGGCUGUGCGGCGGGUUGAGCUGCAUGAGAUGAGCGAGCAGGAGGCGUUUGAGAUGUUUAUGAACCAGGGCACCAUCGACCUCGACGAGCACGGCGAGUUUGUGCAUCUGGACGACAUGCGGGCGGCGCUGGCCGAGGCGGACGAUGGCGCGGAGGAAGAGGCGGGUGCUGGGCAGGGGUUUGAUGAUGACUUUGUGCCGGGUGGUGAUGACGAUGCAACAGCAGCGGCGCAGGAGGACGAGGAGAUGAACGGCGGUGAUGGUGGUGGCGACGGUAGACACGCUGACGACGACGCGUUUGCGGUUGCAGACAAGAACAACAACAGCAACAACAGCACGGACGCAGUGAACGGGUUUGGAGACGAGGAGGAGGCGGAGGAGCAGGGGGCGGAGGCGCAGAUCCAGCACCUGGCACAAGCCAUCUUUGAGAUGGUUGAGCAGGACGAUGAGGGCUGCCUCUCCGGCCAAGGCGUCAGGCCCGUUCUGCUCCGAUCAGGACUGGACAUCAACACCCUUGGGUCCAUCUGGAUGGAGGUCGACAACGAGCGGCGCGGAAAGAUCGACUUUGAUCAGCUCUGCCUCAUCCUUGGCAUGAUCUCGCAGGCCCAGCAAGGUCUUGAGCCCGAUUUGGCGACGUUGGAUAUGGCAAUCGACGCGCCCACAAUCGAGGACGUUGAGAUCUAAUCCCGCAAGCCCCAGACAUACAUCCAUCCAGACAUCCAGACAUCCAGACAUCCAUCCGUCGGUCCCACCAGGCACCUUCUGUGCUUUGUCUCCCCCUAUUCCCAUCGCUUGUACCUGAUGUUGGCUGUCGUCUUGCACCAGCAUCAGCCCCCGCCCAACCAGCCAACCCAAGCCCCCAUCUCUGCUACUCCACAGUUCGCCCCUCCCCCUCCCCAGCACUCACCGC